AUGAAGGGUGUCAAGGCGGCAGUGCGAGGGGCGCAGGAGACCCUGGGCUUUGACUCGCCGAGCCACAUGAAGGGCCUCCAGGUCUUCAUUGCAGACAUCCGCAACUGCCAGACCAAAGAGCAAGAGCGGACACGAGUGGACAAGGAGCUCUCGAAAAUCCGGCAGAAGUUUGCGAAUCCGAAGACCUUGUCUGGCUACGAUCGGAAGAAGUAUGUGUGGAAACUGCUUUAUGCGUAUAUGCUCGGCUACGAGAUCGACGACACCGGGCACUUUCAGGCCGUGGAGUUGUGCUCCUCCCCGAAGUUCAGCGAGAAGACGGCAGGGUAUCUCGCGACCUCGCUGCUGCUAGCGGACAACAACGACAUGGUGCGGAUGAUCGUCAACAGCGUCAAGACUGACAUCUCCUCGGGCAAUGAGCACAUGGCGGCGCUGGCCCUAAACACGGUGGCGAACAUCGGAGGCCCCGAGUUUGCAGACAACCUCUUCACCGACAUCGCGCGGAUGAUCCUCACGCAGGCCAAUGCGCUGUCGCCCUACGUCAAGCGGAAAGCUUGCAUUUGCCUCUUGCGGCUCUAUCGCAAGGAGAACGACGGCUUGCAGCCAGAGGUCUGGUCUCCGAAGCUCGCGGCGCUCUUCAACGAGCAGGACAUCGGCCUGCUCACGUCCGCCAGCGGCUUCAUGCUGGGCAUCUUGGAGAUGGGGAAGUUCCCCGUGCGGGGCCGGGCACAGGCAGCGCAGCAGAGAUUGGAAGAAGCCUGCGAGGAGCUUCGUGUCAGCAAGCAGGAUUUCAAUCACAAAGCGGCUGAGCUCCAGAAGUUGGAAGAUGAGAGGUCUCAGUUGGAAGUCACUUUCAGGAAGCUCUGUGUGCAGGAGGCCUCGGCGCGCGAGAAGCUCCAGCAGAGGAAGGCCGAGUUGAUCCGCCGGGCGGUGGCCGUCUCCGAGGCAGCUCGCCAGAGGGCCUCCGCCCCCGCGUGGUCGGGCGUUGUGGUGCCCGUGUGCCAGUGCCUGGCCAACUUGGUUCAGGGCCUCUGCCCUGAGCACUACGAGUACUACCACGUUCCCGCGCCCUGGCUGCAGAGCAAGCUGCUUCGUAUCCUGCAGUUCUUCCCGGUUUCCAUCUUUGAUGCGGAGCUGCUGCAUCGGCUGAACCUGAUCCUUCAGAGCAUCUUGGCGAAGCCUUCCUCGCAGCGGAGCCCGGCUCCUCUGCAACAAGGUCCCGGCAAGAGACGCACAAAGGUCGACGCCGAGCGGCAGAACCGGUCCAAUGCGGAGCACGCCGUCCUCUUCGAGGCCAUGAACCUCAUGAUCCACCUCGAGGACACGGCCGACCCGGAGACCACCAAGACCGCUGCGGGACUGCUUGGGAUCUUCCUCUCCUCCACGGACCCCAACAUCAGGUACCUGGGCUUGGAGACCAUGGCCAGGCUGGCGAGCAACUUGUCCACGCACGAGUACUUGGACAGGUACAAGAACCAGAUCCUGGAUAAGAUGCACGAAACCGACAUUUCCAUCCGCCGACAGGCCUUGAACUUGCUCUACGCACUUUGCAGGCCAGAGAACUGGCAGCAGAUCGUGGAUCAGCUCCUGGAAAUUUUGGGGUCCAGUGACAACCUCCUCCAAGAGGAGUUGGUCCUUAAGAUCGCCAUCCUGGCUGAGAAGAACGCCAAGAACAUCGGCUGGUACGUGGAUGUCGUCUUCAAAAUGCUGGAGAGUGCUCCCGAUGCGGUCUCCGACGACGUCUGGUAUCGUGUGGUGCAGGUGGUGACGGGCUUCGAGGACGGGCCCUCGGAGGCGGAGCAGAACGCUUUGCGAAGGCACGCUGCGAGCAAGGCUUACCAGAACCUCUCCAGCCAGCGCGCGGCCCAUGACACGCUCCUGCGCUUGGGGGCGUACCUCAUAGGAGAAUUCGGGCACCUGCUCCCGCAGAGCGUGACGCCUCGUGCGAAGUUUGAAGCGCUCCACCGGCACUUUCAGCGAGGAUCGCCCGCAACCAAGGCCAUCCUGCUCCUCGCCGCAGUGAAGGUCUUGAACGCCAACCACGAGGCUCUGAAGGGCGAGGUGCUGGGCUUCCUACGGGAGAUCCAGGACAAUGCCGACGUGGAGCUACAGCAGCGGGCCGUGGAGCUCCUGCAGCUCUCGCGGGACGAGGAGAACUUGGACCAGGUGCUGAGACCCAUGCCUCCGUAUGCGGAGAGCGUCCAGAAGAACAAUCCUCUGGUUCAGCGCCUGAAAUUCUCGGCCAAGAACAGGGCGCACACACGUGCGGAGCUGGAGGAGGCGGCGAAGAGCGAAGGCGGCAUGUACAAGCCAGGCCGUGGAAAGGCCGAGAGCGACGGGAGGAUCAUGGAGCUGCCGGACCCAGGCCGUCCCAAGGCCAGCUCCCCUGCUUCGCCGAAGGUUCAGGAUGCGUCGGCGUCCGAGUCGUCAGACUCCGAGGAAGAUGCUGGACCCGUACGGAGCAACGGCACGGCCCCGGCUGCUGGAGGGAGCCCCAAGGACUUGUGGUCGCAGCUUUGCAUCACGCCGCAGGGCAGGUUUUACACUUCGCCACAGCUCGUCUUGGAGCUGAAGCAAGAGUACAAUGCUGCGACAGGUCGCCUGACGAUUACCUUUGUCAACUCCGCCAAGGCUCCUAUUGGCAACAUCCGAGUCCAGAUUCCGCAGGUGGACUACAUGCGAAUCCAGACUUUCAGUGAGGUGCCCACUUCCCUGAAGCCUGGCGAGCAGGCCAGCCACUUCGUCCAGGUCCAGUGCAUGCGGCCCUUCCUACAGCCUUGCAAGUACCUGGUGGAGUACUGCACGGCUCCUGGGGCACCACCUCAGCAGCUACCGCUGCUACUGCCCGCCGUCGUGACCAAAUUCAUGACGCCUGCGCAAGUGCAGAUGGGCCAGUUUCGGCCCUUCUUUGAAAGCUUGACUGGGCCGCGGGAGCUGGUGCUGGAUGGCCAGGCCAAAGCUCAGCCGAACCAGUGGGCCAACUAUCUCGAGAAGGGCUUCAACAUGUUCGUCCUCCCCGAGAGUGGGCCGACUGCAGCCUUCGCUGCAGGCACGCUGAACACGGCAACGCCUGAGCCGCAGCAGCCCGAGAAGAUGAUGACCGUCCCUGUCCUUGUCCGUUUGCAGUACGACGCAGGACGCAAGCUCUUGCGGCUCAUCGUCCGGACCCAGCACCCCGAGGUGACCAAUGCCAUCGGGAAGAUUAUGCAGAGCUACCUCAUGACUGGCGGCUGA